UCCCUCCCACUCCGCCCACUCCACCGCCACCAUGCCUCAGAACCUGCGCCUGUUCCACCCCGGCGUGAGUGGAAUGAAAAACAUGUUCGACAAGAAAGUGGAAGAACACAAGCAAGCGCAACUGGACAAUCCCUUUAGCGAGUGGGAAGGCGCUGGAAGGACCCGAAGACUGUCCAAAGAAGACAUUGGCUACGGCAGACCUUUACCGGGAAGCCAGUCGGAGAAGCGGAGCCAGGCGGCCCAACAGCACAUAAUGAUGGAGAUCAGGUACCUCUGUGAUAUGAUCUGGGACUGUUCUGAAUGGCGCAGUCCUGAUGGCAGGGCGGCGAUCACCUUCGGAAAGCUUUUCAAACUCUACAUCGGGAUCUCUGACAAGGUGGUGGGGACGCUGCUGAGGGCACGCAAGCACGGCUUCUUGCACUUCGAAGGCGAAAUGCUGUACCAGCUCGCUGCCCUACACCUCGCUCUCGCUCAACUGCUCCCCCGAGAGGGCCGUCUUCCGCGACGACGCCAGGGCCAAGAGCGAAGACAGAGAUGGCGCCUCACUUGACGCCGGCGUCGUCGUCGUCAGCGCCUGCGACGACGAUGCUUCCAACGCAGAAGAGCCGCAGGAGAGCGCCGAGAGGGACGCACACCUGCUCGACCCCGAAGUGCUGCGCGGGAGGCCGAGACGACCGAGGUCAAGGUCGCCCUCGCCCGGCCUCAUGGACACCAUCCUCGAGGACGCCGCUCCUGCUCCUGACCCGAAGCCUCAAGCGUCUCUUUCGGAGCCUCAGGAUGGCGAGGAAGGGCGCCCCCAGCCCGCAGAUGACGACACCGCCCCGGCCUGACCUGCUCUCAGUCAUGUUAGUUUAAUAAGGAUGCAUGUAAGGUGCGUCACUAUACUGGGCAAGUGGAGAUCAGUAGGUAGUUUCCUUCUGUGAAGGAUGAAGAUAAAAAAGAUUUUAGUAAUCUCAUCUUGAAGAUUUGAAGAGCUUUAUGCACUUCGCACAAACACACAGGCGCGUAUUGAUAAUCCUUCCAGACAUGGCUUUAUUGUAGUGAUGAAGGAAUAUAUAUUUGAAGGUAGAUGUACA